ACAGCCUCCCCUCAGCACGCGCACUCGCGCGCUCAUCCAUCCUGCACUCUACACACGAAUUUUGCGCGCUCAGAAUUGUUUUCACCGGAUAUCUUGGCGCAAGUGGCGUGUUUUCUUCUGUCCUCCAGCAUGACUUCUCGCUCUUGAUACUGAGGACUGGCUGGAAUUUAUGCUAACGAGAUAUCAUUUAUGAAACCAGCAAGAAAUAAACAUGAACCGCAUCGUGAACUGUUUUGCUCUUCUCUUAGUUUGGCACGCGCACUCGGUCAGCGGGAGACAUGCAAACUGUCACUUUCUGUAUGAGCUGCAGAUGGCCGAGAAGGAAUGUUUGGGCAUACUGGCAGACGACUUUCCGGCAAACACCAAAGGUUGCAGAGGGAUGUGGGACAAUAUUUCUUGCUGGCACCAUGCCGAUUUUGGAGAGGUGGUCGUCAACACCUGCCCCGCUGCCCUAAAAAAUUUGUUCACCAGAGAUGGGAUCAUUAGCAGGAACUGCACUAUGGAAGGCUGGUCCGACGUGUAUCCCAGCAUCCACAGCGUUUGCUUUGAGCCCAGCCCGAAUGCAACCAAGCUUGUUUUCUACACGGUGAUGAAGGCCCUUUACACGCUCGGACACAGCCUCUCUCUCAUCGCACUUAUCACCGGCAGCACCAUCCUCUGUCUGUUCAGAAAACUCCACUGCACCAGGAACUACAUCCAUCUGAACCUGUUCUUCUCCUUCAUACUGAGGGCAAUCGCUGUGCUGGUCAAAGAUGCCAUUCUGUUUUCCCACGAGAAUGUAGAAUGUACAACGCAGCCAUCGCUGAUUGGUUGCAAGGCCAGCCUGAUCAUCUUCAACUACUUCAUCAUGGCAAACUUCUACUGGUUGCUGGUGGAAGGUCUGUACCUACAUACCCUACUGAUGGUCAUCUUCUCCGAGAACAGACACUUCAUCAUCUAUCUCCUCAUUGGAUGGGGAUUCCCCACCGUGUUUGUGAUUCCAUGGAUUGUGUGUAGGAUUUACCUCGAGGAUACAGGAUGCUGGGAGAGAAAUGACGCUCCGAUUCCCUGGCGGGUGAUCAACUGGCCAAUCAUGGCAUCUGUCAUUUUCAACUUUAUUCUGUUCAUCAGCAUCAUUCGAAUCCUGGUCCAGAAACUGAGGUGUCCUGAUGUUGGUGGAAACGAUCAGUCUCAGUACAGGAGGUUGGCCAAAUCCACACUUCUCUUGAUCCCUCUCUUUGGCGUCAACUAUGUUGUUUUCGUUUACAUCAUAGAAGAAAAUGGAGAGAUGGAAAACUACAAAAUAUUCUUUGACCUAGGCCUUGGAUCAUUUCAGGGCUUGGUGGUUGCGAUUUUGUAUUGUUUUUUGAAUAGUGAGGUCCAGAGCGAACUCAAGAGAAAGUGGAGGAGUUUGCGUUUAAAGCGUUACAUCGGCCGCGACUACCGUCUGCACAGUUCGUCCAUAUCCAGAAAUGGCACGGAAAACAUGGCCCAAUUCCAUCGUAACUCCAGAGCCCAGUCUUUCCUACAGACUGAGACCACCGUGGUGUGAGACAUCCCAAGAACAGAAGCGGCGCUAUAUGAAUCAUGCUCUUAGUUCACUGCCCCUCGGCUAACAACUCGUUUUCUUUUUCAAAAGCUUUAUGCUGAAGAGGACGAGGCUUUCUGAAGCAUGAGAUUGACAUGCAGGAGACAUGAUGAGGAUUCAGCAUCUCUAUGAGGCAUGAGUGUGUCAGAUCAAUGCAAAAUCUUGCUUGCCUACCAAAAUAACGUUAAACCAAACCUCUGAGUGAGAGUAUUGGUGCAUUAAAAACGAUCAUUCUGAUCACAAUAUAUAUUGUUUUUUUGUAAACACUUUCAUAGCAUUAGGGCCAAAUUAUAUAAUAGUGUUAUGUAAAUGCUACUUAAGACCCACAGCCAUUUGCUUAGGCUCAUGGAGACAUGCUAUCAACACAUGAAAACACAACCGCCACCCCAAGAACAUGUCUUGGAUGAAUUCAAGAAGUGGGUCACCUCUAUACCAAACUCAAAUGUGAGGUUUUAACAAAGAGGACAUUACCGCUGGAGGCGUCCAG